AUGUUUAAAAAAAUAGCUGUAGGUAUUUCAGGUGGAGUAGAUAGUGCCAUUGCUGCACUACUACUAAAAAGAGCAAAUUACCAGGUAGAAGGAGUAUUUAUGCGAAAUUGGGAUAGUAAUUAUGAAGCAGGAUUUUGUUCUGAUGAAAAAGAUUUUGAAGAUGCAUCAUUUGUAUGCCGUAAGCUUGAUAUACCUUUGCAUAGAGUUCACUUUAUUAAGGAAUAUUGGAAUGAUGUCUUUACUGUCUUAAUAAAGGAAUAUGAGACUGGGCUCACACCAAACCCUGACAUUUUAUGCAACAGAUAUAUAAAAUUUGAUAGAUUUUUUGAACAUUGCAGGAACAAUUUAGCUGUUGAUGCUAUAGCAACUGGACACUAUGCCAAUACAUCUUUUGGUCCUUUCUUGGAAAAUUAUAAUGAAAAUGAAGGUGUGAGAUUACUACAGCCUGAAGACAAACAUAAAGAUCAAACAUUCUUUUUAUCACAAGUAAAACAAUUUUCUCUUAGGAAAUGUAUGUUUCCAAUAGCUAACCUUUUGAAGAGCCAAGUCAGAGAAAUAGCUAGGAAAGAAGGUCUACUUCAAAUAGCUAGCAAGAAAGAUAGUACUGGAAUUUGUUUCAUAGGAAAAAGAAGAUUUAAGGAAUUUAUUGAUGAUUUUAUUCAAAUAAAAAAAGGUAACUUUAUUGAUAUAGACACAGGUCAAAUUGUAGGAGAGCAUUCUGGAGUACAUAAAUGGACAGUUGGGCAAAGAUGUUGUCUUAGUAAUUGGAAACAUCCUUAUUUUGUAUUAAAAAAAGAUAUGGAAACAAAUAAUAUAUAUGUGGUUGCAGGAACUGAGCAUCCAGCUUUGUGGAAUAAUCUAUGCAACACAGAAAAACCUCAUUGGAUUAAUGAUGAACCUAUUGAAUUAAAACACAAUAAUAUUUUAAAUUGCUUAUUUAGAUUUCAACAUACAAAACCAUUAGUACCUUGUCAAGUUUUCAGCAAUCAUGAAGGAUUAACAAUUUUAUUGCACCAAAAGUUACGAGCACUAACUGAGGGACAGUUUGGUGUGUUGUAUAAAAAUGAAGAAUGCCUUGGUAGUGCAAAAAUUAAAAAUGUUUGCCAUAAUUUAGUGUUU